AUGAUUUCUGAAACUAAAUUAAAUAAGAAUCAUAAAAGAAUAACCUUCCAGCAUCACAACUUCGUACGAACAGAUAGAAGAGCACCUAAAAGAGGAGGUGGAACAGCCAUUUUAAUUCACAAAAGGCUGCACUACGAACUUAUUUCAUUCCCAAACUCACAUAAGAAUAACACAAUCGAAUACACAGCAAUCAAAAUUAAAACUAAUAAAGCAGUUUUGCUGGUCCUCAGUAUUUAUGCAGCGCAAAAGACCACGGACACUUUCAUCGAGGAUCUCGAUAAGUUGUUCGACGAUCUCAACCUAAAUAGCAACAACAUCUUCUUCAUUAUUGCUGGGGAUUUAAACGCUCGCCACACUGCAUGGGGAGACACGAGGAUGAACACCAGAGGUGCUGCGUUCUAUAAUUGGACCAGGAAUAGCAACUAUGCUCUUAAGGUCGCACAUUAUAGCUCAAUGUUCCCAACUUUCCCCAAGGCCAGUUCAUACUUAGAUCAUUGUAUUUGUGACAGCAGGCUAAGUCUCGUCGGAUUAAUCAACAAUAAACUUGACACUAUUCCUUAUGACAGCGACCACAAUGGCAUUAUCUUCUCCAUAGAUACACAUUCAAUUUUCCAGGGCAUCAUACGCCCCCCGCCUCCACCGAUCAGAUUUAAUUACAGAUGUACUAAAUGGGAUGACUUUACUGACCAUCUAUUAUCAGCUAGAAAUAGCAGCGACCAGAUUCCAGCUGACAGAAACCUAUCAAUUGAGGAAAUAGACAAUCACAUCGUAAGAUUGGAAAAAAUGAUAUCAGAUUCGAUUGAGGCAACAGUACCUAAAAUCAAUACUAAUAAAUACAACCCAUAUGUCAAAUACGUCAAUAAUAGAGUCAAGAAACUGCAUUCAAUAAAAUCUCAGUUAUUAACCAGCAUGUUCAAAGUAGUAAAGGCAGGGGCUGGUAAAGUUUUAAUUCAAGAAUACAAGUCUGCAAUCAAACAUACCAAUAAGUUACUCCAGAGUGAAUUCAAUAAGUCCGUAACAGCAUACUGGGCAGCUAGAGUGAAAAGUAUCAACUACAGAGACUCUAAUUCCUUUUUCCCAACCAUCAACUCGACGCUAAGAUCAAAGUCUUCACUCUCAAUUGAGGCUUUAAAAGUGGACAUCAACUCAACACUUAUUGCGGAUCUGGAUCUAGCAGGAGCACAGGCUCCAGUAGUUAAUAACAUGUUACACAUCUCUAACCCCACCAACAUCCUGGAUGUCAUUGGGAAGCAUUUUGAAAAUAUAAAUUCCCCCAGAUUCACAGAUGAGAACCAGCAUGUAAGAGAUCGAGUGACUCAGGCAUUAGUGGACAUCAAAUAUAAACGAAGGCUUAACAGAUCUCAAGGAAUUACAAUAACCAAUUUCUCAAUAGAUAACCUAGCUCAUACACCAACGGCUGAAAAUGACUCUCCUAAUAUAUUCCACAAACAUGAAGAAGUAGGCGCUAUUAUAAAGUACUCAAAGAAUAAGUUAUCCUCAGGAUUAGAUGGUAUCCCUAUGAUUGUCAUUAGAAAAUUACCUACGGAGCUAGUCAUGGACUACACAACACUAUUCAACAAUGCAUUGAACCACUCAUACUAUCCCAGACGAUGGAAGCAGGCGAGAGUUAUUCCAAUCCUGAAAAAGGGCAAGGACCCCACUGAUCCAACCAGCUAUAGACCAAUAAGUUUAACCUCUAACAUCAGCAAGCUUUUUGAGAAACUAAUCAAAGAACAUCUUAUUAGACAUAUUGAGGAGCAUAAAAUAAUUCCGGACAAUCAAUUCGGCUUCAGAGCAGCCCACUCCACAAUGCACGCAAUAACUAAGUUCUCAUCGGACAUUAACAAAGCUGUGUUAAAUAAUAAGCUGGUAGGGGCAGUUCUCAUCGACCUGGAAAAGGCUUUUGAUUCCAUGAUGAUAGAUUUAUCAGUGAUAUUAGGAGGAGAGCCAGAUGGAGAGCAAACCAGCAACAAGCCAACAGACCCAGAGCUGGGCAUCGCAGAAGAAGACAUUGAGCCCAAUGUUGAACAUUUCUCUGUACAUAUGUAUAUAUUUCUUAGUCUUAGAAUAGGUUUAAGUAGUUGUAGAAUAGCAGCAGCAGCAAUACUUAUUCAAAGAGGAGCUCUUGUCGGAGAAAAUUUAUCUUUAUUGUUGGUUAAAUCUGCUGUACAAAAUAAUCCCAUUUUAAUCAAGAUGCGCAUUGAAUAUGGGAUGCAAUAUAAGCCAUAA